AGCUGAGGGGAGGCGAGUCUCUCGCGCCCUACCCUCCGCGGUGGGGCCGCAGCGAUCUGCUGGUUCCGAUUCCUUCUGCCAAUAAAGUUCCUGAAAAAAAAUCACAGUCAUUCUUAAAAGAGCAAAAGAGGGCGCGAGCCGGCCGGAGGCCCUGCCGGGGGGCUGGCGCACCGGGCGGCGGAGACGGCGGUUACACCGCGACCAGGAGGAGCGGUCGCGCCGGGCGGCGGGCGGCGGGCGGCGCGGGGACGAUUUGAGAGAGAAGAUCGGAUCACCUGGAAUUAAAUUUGGCACAGAAACCUUUUCAACUCCAAAAAUGUUGGAGGAAGAUAUGGAAGUGGCCAUAAAGAUGGUGGUUGUAGGGAAUGGCGCAGUUGGAAAAUCAAGUAUGAUUCAGCGGUAUUGCAAAGGCAUUUUUACAAAAGACUACAAGAAAACCAUCGGAGUUGAUUUUUUGGAGCGACAGAUACAAGUUAAUGAUGAAGACGUCAGGCUCAUGUUAUGGGAUACGGCAGGUCAAGAGGAGUUUGAUGCAAUAACAAAGGCCUACUAUCGAGGAGCCCAGGCUUGUGUGCUUGUAUUUUCCACCACAGACAGGGAAUCUUUUGACGCGAUUUCCAGUUGGAGAGAGAAGGUGGUGGCUGAAGUUGGAGAUAUACCAACUGUACUUGUACAAAACAAGAUCGAUCUCCUUGAUGACUCUUGUAUAAAGAAUGAGGAAGCUGAGGCACUGGCAAAAAAGUUGAAGCUGAGAUUCUACAGGACUUCAGUGAAGGAGGAUCUGAACGUGACGGAAGUUUUUAAAUAUUUGGCUGAAAAAUAUCUUCAAAAGCUUAAACAACAAAUAGCUGAGGAUCCUGAAUCAAUGCAUUCAAGUAGUAACAAAAUUGGUGUCUUUAGCACGUCUGCUGGGAGUCACUUGGGUCAGAAUUCAAGUACCCUUAAUGGUGGAGAUGUCAUCAACCUCAGGCCCAACAGACAGAGGACCAAGAAAAACCGAAAUCCUUUUAGCAGCUGUAGCAUACCCUAAAACGCUUCAGGGAGGAAGAAAUGAAUUAUAUUGUGCAGUAAGAUACAUCCAGCUGUCACGGUAUGUUACACAAUUUUUUCGCAGACUUUGCACCUAAUGGCUCUCUGAAAGCUGACAGACUUAAACAGAUAGCACUGCUCUGCAGUGCUUUUUGGAAUGGAGCAAGAUCUCUGGUGGAAAAAUUACUGCCCUCUGGACUUAUUUUAAUUUUUUUACAUUAGACGAAGCUUCUCCUGUUUUUGAAGGAAUGCUAUAAGAAACAUCAAAAACAGGUUUUGCUGAAUUUGAAAUGCUGGAAAACGUAAAUGAAAUGCCUAAAUAUACUGGUACAGAUUUUAAUAUUAUGGGUCAAGGAAAGGUAGCAACCGUUCUUUCUCUGAAAUUGGUCGUCUGGCUUUUCUAGGAAGUAGUAUUGAAUCUGAAUACUGAAAAGAAUAAUAUUGAAAGGCGAACCCUAAUCUUGCCAGACUGCAUUAGUGUGUACUUUGGCAAUGUUACUUGUGCAAUAUCUGUAGAUGUGGAAUGUGGAGGUACGUGCGCACGCAGAUCCCUGGUUCUGGAGUAAACAGAAGGUGUGUGCAGUGUUUAAGGAAACAUAGACUCUAACUCAUUCAUUCAUGAAACCAUUUACACAUUUAUGUGUAUGUUAUAAGUUUCUAUUUUCAAAUGAGAAAUUCUAGACAGAUAUUUUGCAAAAUGAGCUCAGAUUUUAAAAAUGCUUUUGUGCCAAAAAUACCAUACCUAAUUUUCAGUGCUUUACCAGAAUUUAUACUGUUGAUAAUCUCUUUUAAAAGCAGUUUUCCUCUCUGACAGGGUAGAUGAAAGAGUGUCUUAGUGCUGGAGCCCCUCCCAGGUGGCACUGGUUGCGUGCGGAAUCUUUUCGUGUCCCUGCACAUGUGUGGUGGGCUCGAGCUGGCAGCUGCAGGACCCCCACCCUGUGCAGCGUGGCUGCCCUGUACCCAGUGCCUUUUGCUGUUGACAACGCGAUUCUGAACUUUUAGGAUUAUGCUAACAAUUUUUUUAAAUACACAAGAGGUGAUCUUUUGUCUUAAAGCACAUUACGGAUUUUAUAAUGCCCUGCAACUCUAAAGCAUCUUUUUGUUUACACAUUUUUUGUAUGGUAUUUUGAGAUUAUCAUUUAAAAAUUUCUAUAAACUUCAGUUUGUAUAGCACUUUCUCAAGAGCUCUGUCAGCACCAAAUACAAAAUAAUUUCUUUUAAUAAGUGAUUUUAACAUGUAAUCAUGUGGCAGAGCAUACAUUUUGUGACUUGGGACAGUAGCUUUCCAACUCAGAUAAUUAAUUGCAUGAACUCUGGUAAAACUGAUUAUCAUUCAUCAAUGACUUGUUUUUAACCCCUUGCAAUACCUGGUUUUUACAGGAUUUAAAUAUAUGUAAAAAUAACUUUUCUUGGAAAAUGUGUCACAAAGUCAUUUUUCAUUAUUUCUACUAAAUGCAUAAUGUUUUAUAUAUUCCUUUUGUGUGUUUUCUCUCUCUCUCGUUCUUUUUUUUUUUUUAAGUCUUCCAUCUGCACCACCCUCAUCCUGUCCAGAUUAAUGUUGAAAACAUAAUAGAAUUUUGUAGGGCAUGUCUUUAAGUGGUCAGGAGUGAAGGUUUGCUUUUCAUAAUAUUGAAAUAAUCUGGCAUUAUCUAUUUCAAAGUAAUAUGUUUAUUUUUAUGUCACCAGUUGUCACCACUCCCAUUGCUGGCAGUGGGAUAGGUGUUGGGGAAAAACUCUGUUCCUAACAAUGGGUACCCGCUAGUGAUUCCCUUUUCUACUCUCUGGAAAUACAGUCCCUUUAAUUUUUGCACAAAAUAUAUUUUGCAUCAAAUAGUCUUUAGUAGCAGAAAAAUCACGUUAUAUAAAAUGUUGUCGUUCUAUUUCACAUGAAUUAAA